AUGGCUACUACGGUGGAUAAGAUCAAGGCUAUUGAGUCUGAGAUGGCUCGGACGCAAAAAAACAAGGCCACCUCUUUUCAUUUGGGUCAGCUCAAGGCCAAGCUUGCUAAGUUGAAGCGCGAGCUGCUGACACCCACUGGCGGCGGCGGCGGAGGCACUGGUGUUGGUUUCGACGUUGCUCGCACUGGUGUUGCCUCGGUCGGAUUCAUCGGCUUCCCAUCUGUUGGCAAGUCCACCUUGUUGAGCACUUUAACCGGCACCCAUUCCGAAGCGGCUGCCUACGAGUUCACAACUCUUACUACUGUCCCUGGUAUCAUCAAGUACCGCGGUGCCAAGAUUCAAAUGCUCGAUCUUCCCGGUAUUAUUGAGGGUGCCAAGGACGGUAAAGGUCGUGGUAAGCAGGUUAUUGCUGUCGCCCGCACUUGCAACCUGAUCUUUAUUGUUUUGGACGUCAACAAGCCUCUCCAACAUAAACAGGUUAUUGAGCGAGAACUCGAAGGCUUUGGCAUUCGAGUCAAUAAGGAGAAGCCCAACAUUGUCUUCAGAAAGAAGGACAAAGGUGGUAUCAGCAUCACCUCCACUGUCCAGCUCACCAAUCUCGACAACGACGAGGUCAAGGCUGUCAUGAACGAGUACCGUAUUACAUCUGCCGAAAUCGCCUUUAGAUGCGAUGCCACUAUUGACGAUCUGAUCGACGUCCUGGAGGAACAGAACCGUUUCUACAUCCCUGUGAUCUAUGUCUUGAACAAGAUUGACUCCAUCAGCAUCGAGGAGCUGGAUCUCAUGACUCGCAUUCCAAACUGUGUACCUAUUUCCUCCGAGCACCAGUGGAAUCUCGACGAGCUUCUUGAGUACAUGUGGGAGAAACUCAACCUUGUCCGCGUGUACACCAAGCCUAAGGGCAAGCAGCCAGACUACAACGAGCCAAUUGUCCUUCGCCAGGGUCGUAGCACUGUGGAAGACUUCUGUAAUGCUAUUCACAAGAGCCUUGUCACAGAUUUCAAGAAUGCGGUUGUCUAUGGCACUAGUGUCAAACAUCAGCCCCAGUACGUCGGGUUGAGCCACGUACUCCAGGACGAGGACGUUGUUACCAUUCUUAAAAAAUAA